AUGUCUCGCGUCUACCAACCAUCCGACUUUGUAGUCGAAAAAUCACGCGUGCCGUCUUUCGAAAAAUACAAGGAAUUGUACAAAAAAUCUUUGGAAGACCCUGAAGAAUUCUGGUCAGAAAUAGCCAAUGACUUGUACUGGCAGACUCCUUUUCAACGUGGAAAUAUUGUUUCAUAUAAUUUCGAUCUAAGCAAAGGAGAUAUUUUUGUUAAAUGGAUGGAAGGCGCUAUUACCAAUGUAUGCUUCAAUCUUUUAGAUCGCAACAUCAGAAACGGCUUCGGAGAUAAGAUCGCGUACUACUGGGAAGGAAACCACCCAGAAGACUACAGCCGAGUAACAUAUAAAAAAUUAUUGGAUUUAGUAUGCCAAUUUGCGAAUGCCUUACGCGACAAAGGUAUUAGAAAAGGUGAUAGGGUUUCCAUAUAUAUGCCAAUGAUUUUGGAAACGGUAGUAUGUAUGUUAGCCUGUGCCAGAAUCGGCGCCAUACAUUCCAUUGUGUUCGCAGGGUUUUCUCCUGAUUCACUAGCAGAGCGAAUGUCUGACUGCAAAGCAAAAGUUUUGGUGACAACGGACGGUGCAUGGAGGGGAGAAAAGCUUUUGGUGCUUAAAAAAACCUGCGAUGAAGCUAUAGAAAAAGCCAAAAAUGUUCAUAACCAUACAGUCAAUAUGUGCAUAGUAGUGUCUCAUCUGAAUAGAGUCACUCCUUGUGGAAACAUGCCGGACUUGAAAUCAUUGUACAAAUGGAAUGAUGAUGUCGACGUCUGGUGGCAUGAUAUUAUAGAUGGCCAAUCGAAUAUUUGUCCUUUGGAAUGGAUGGACGCAGAAGAUCCACUAUUUAUGUUAUACACGAGCGGUUCAACUGGUAAGCCGAAAGGUGUACUACACACCACCGGGGGCUACAUGGUAUACGCCACGGCCACUUUCCGCUACGUGUUCGACUAUCGCAAUUCAGACAUCUACUGGUGCACGGCGGACGUCGGAUGGAUUACCGGACACACUUACGUGGUGUACGGCCCACUCGCUAAUGCCGCUACCUCUGUCAUGUUUGAGGGAACUCCAUUCUUCCCAGAAAACGACCGUUACUGGUCGCUUGUCGAAAAAUACCAAGUUUCGCAGUUCUACACAGCGCCUACUGCUAUUCGAUCGCUAAUGAAAUUUGGAGACUCUAUAGUGGUUAAGCACAAUCUUACCACGCUAAGAGUGCUGGGCAGUGUAGGGGAACCAAUAAAUCCGGAGGCUUGGUUUUGGUAUUACAACAUCGUGGGUGGGGGACGAUGCUCUAUUGUGGACACCUUUUGGCAAACUGAGACUGGUGGUCACGUGCUAACUAGUUUACCUGGGGCCACUCCGAUGAAACCCGGCGCAGCUGGAUUCCCAUUUUUCGGAGUUGAGCCAAGCCUCGUCGAUGAAAACGGAAAGAUCAUCGAAGGCGAGGGUGAGGGAUACUUGGUUUUCUCCAAACCAUGGCCAGGCAUAAUGAGGACACUUUUCGGAGACCACAAGCGCUAUGAGAAAGUCUAUUUCUCGAAAUUCAAUGGAUAUUAUUGCACUGGCGAUGGUGCCAGACGUGAUGAAGAUGGAUUUUUGUGGGUGACCGGUCGCAUCGACGAUAUGUUAAACGUAUCUGGCCAUUUGAUGUCAACAGCAGAAGUAGAAGGAGUUCUCACCGAAGAGCCGCGAGUUUCCGAAGCGGCCGUCGUCUCCAAGCCACACCCAGUGAAAGGCGAAUCUUUGUACUGUUUCGUUACUCUUAAUGAAGGUGCUAAAUUCGACGCGGAAUUGAUUGAUUCGUUGAAGAAACGCGUCAGGAACAGAAUUGGAGCGUUUGCGGCCCCAGAUAUGAUCCAGUAUGCCCCAGGACUGCCUAAGACCAGAUCCGGGAAGAUCAUGAGGAGGAUACUGAGGAAGGUAGCCCUCGGAGAUAAAGAUAUCGGUGACACCUCCACUCUGGCCGAUCCGUCCGUUGUCGAAGAACUUUUCAAUAAUAAGCCC